GCAGAUCGUCAGCGAGUGAAGCUGCUUUUUGCCAGCCAAGAGUCACCACAAAUCCGACAAGCUAGUCACAGUUAGUCAAGUGGUUCCGUCCCGUUCGGUUCAGUUACAGUUCAAGUUACAAUUUACUCUUAACAAUUUACAAUUCACGACGCGUGUGUACAAACAAAGUUUUCCAAAGUGAAUUAUCUAAAGCAAUACAUCGACGAUAUCCGCAGGAUAAUCGAGGAGAAAAUGUCGCUUAAUCCGAACGGGUAUAAACUCUCCGACAGGACGGGUAAACUAACGGCAUUUGAUCUGAUGCCAACGACAGUGAGCGCAGGACCCGAGACACGUGAGUUCCUGCUGAAAGUUAUCGAUGUGUUGUUGGACUUUGUGAAGGCAACAAACGAUCGCAAUGAGAAGGUGCUCGACUUUCAUCAUCCGGAGGACAUGAAGAGAUUGCUCGACUUGGAUGUACCUGACCGAGCGUUGCCGCUGCAGCAGCUGAUCGAGGAUUGUGCCACAACGCUGAAGUAUCAAGUGAAGACGGGUCAUCCGCACUUCUUCAAUCAGCUGUCGUGCGGAUUGGAUCUGGUCUCCAUGGCUGGCGAAUGGUUGACAGCCACUGCGAAUACGAACAUGUUCACAUACGAGAUCGCUCCGGUCUUCAUACUCAUGGAGAACGUGGUGCUGACCAAGAUGCGUGAGAUUAUCGGCUGGUCAGGAGGUGACUCAAUCCUCGCUCCUGGUGGCUCCAUCUCCAAUCUCUAUGCCUUCUUGGCCGCUCGCCACAAGAUGUUCCCCAACUACAAGGAACACGGUUCCGUGGGUCUGCCCGGCACUUUGGUCAUGUUCACAUCGGAUCAGUGUCAUUAUUCGAUUAAAUCUUGCGCCGCUGUAUGUGGCCUCGGCACCGAUCACUGCAUCGUCGUGCCAUCCGAUGAGCAUGGCAAAAUGAUCACCUCCGAGCUGGAGCGUCUCAUUCUGGAGCGCAAGGCCAAGGGCGACAUUCCCUUCUUCGUCAAUGCCACCGCUGGAACAACUGUCCUGGGAGCCUUUGAUGACAUCAACACGAUUGCUGACAUUUGCCAGAAGUACAACUGCUGGAUGCACAUCGAUGCUGCUUGGGGCGGUGGUUUGCUCAUGUCGCGAAAACAUCGUCAUCCCAGAUUGACAGGCGUAGAGCGCGCCGAUUCGAUCACCUGGAAUCCACACAAACUCAUGGGUGCGCUGCUCCAGUGCUCGACGAUUCACUUCAAGGAGGAUGGUCUGCUCAUCAGCUGCAACCAGAUGUCGGCCGAGUAUCUGUUCAUGACCGAUAAGCAGUACGAUAUCAGCUACGAUACUGGCGAUAAGGUCAUCCAGUGUGGUCGCCACAACGACAUCUUCAAGCUCUGGCUGCAAUGGCGUGCCAAGGGCACCGAGGGCUUUGAGAAGCAGCAGGAUCGCUUGAUGGAACUGGUGCAAUAUCAGCUGAAGCGCAUUCGCGAGCAAUCCGAUCGCUUCCAUUUGAUCUUGGAGCCCGAGUGCGUCAACGUUUCGUUCUGGUAUGUGCCCAAGCGUUUGCGUGGCGUUCCCCAUGACAGCAAGAAGGAAGUGGAGCUGGGCAAGAUCUGUCCCAUCAUCAAGGGACGCAUGAUGCAGAAGGGCACACUCAUGGUGGGCUAUCAGCCCGAUGAUCGCAGACCCAACUUCUUCCGUUCGAUCAUCUCGUCGGCUGCCGUCACCGAGGAGGAUGUGGACUUUAUGCUCGAUGAGAUUCAUCGGUUGGGCGAUGAUUUGUAAGUUGGUUCUCAAGCAUUAGUUUUCCAGAGAUCCAGAGAUCAAUGUAGCUACAACUAUUGCGUAGUUCAUACAACCAAGAAGUAUCUUUAAGGUAAAAAAGCAUAUCAUAAGAACGCAAAAUAACUUCCAACUUAUCAAAAGUUCAAUGUUGCUGUAAAUUUGUUUGAAAUGAAAAACGAAAUAAGAAAUACGAAAAAAAAAAAAAAUGAAAUUAUAAAAUGAAAUGUUAACUAUUUAAAUGUUACGUUUGAUUCCGUUCUUCAGUUAAGUCAUUUGUAAGCGUCAGGCCAGUGUUGGAAAACUACUUAUUAACUAUGUACUCACAUACUUAUAAUCAAAGUGUUGCAAAAUGAUUAAAAACAAUGCCAAGUUGAUUUUACGUUUCACAUUCAAAGAAGAAAACAAAAGUUUAUUACGACUGUUGCACAUUAUAAACAAAUCAAAUAUUAUAUAUAGUGAAAAACCCCCAUAUAAAUAUAUAUAUAUGUAUAUUUAUAAAUCAAGACAACACAAAUACAAAAACCACCCACGUUCACCACCAGAAGAAGGAAAAACGAACCCAAAUUAAUUUUGGAAUGCAAAUGCAUGUUUUGAGGCUGCUAAAGUGUUGACAAUUGUUUCCAAUUAUUUCAAAUUCUAUAGUAAAUUCUGUUGCAAAGUAUAUAUCGAAGUUGAUCAAUGGCAAAGUUUAUGCUUCCGGCAAUAAAUGUACCUUUAUAUCAAAA